AUGUCAUUCAGAUGUAUUAUCAAAUUCGAACAGAACACUUUCGACAGAAGAAAUAUAUUUCGAGAUUCAAGAGAUAACAAAAAAGCGAGUCAGAAAGGGAUGAAAGAUAAAAAAGAUCAAAGAUGCCCUUCGAACAAGAAGAAGUCGA